AUGAUGGCAUACUUGGUCAUUGAUCAUUUAAUACCUCCCUCUUCUUCCUCUACUGCUCCUUCCUCGGCAGCCACACCUACUGACUCAACCUUGUGGCAGCGUUUGGACGACAUAGUUCGUCACUGGAUAUAUGGUACGAUAUCCAACGACCUUCUUAACACUAUUAUCAAUCCCGAUGAUAAGGCUGUUGAUGUUUGGAAUCGUUUGGUGAAUUUCUUUCAGUUAAACAAGUCUGCCAGAGCACUACAUUUGGAUGCUCAAUUCACCAACACCGGAUUGGAGCAAUUUUUUGGUGUAAAACCUUAUUGUACUCGUCUGAAAGUACUGGCUGACAGCCAACGUAAUGUCGGCGACACGGUGUCGAACAAUCGAAUGGCUCUUCAACUUCUCAAGGGUUUCUCUAAUGAGUAUAAGCAAUUCCGUUCUUCUGUGCAACACCUUCAUCCUCUACCUUCGUUUGACACGCUGCGUUCGAUGUUGGAACUUGAGGAACAAAGCAAUGAUGAUGGGUCUUCUGUGCUUCGUUUCGGGUCUGAGAUGGCUCUUGCUGAAAAUGGUGGACAUUACAGUGGGAAUAAUAACAACCACAGCAAAGGUGUGAAACAUUUUCGCAACAACAAAAAUUCUAGAAACUGCAACAACAACAACAACAACAACAACAAUCGUAACAACACCAACAGUUCACGGCAGCCUGCUCAUUCUAAUAAUCAGAAUAGUGCUUAG